AACAUAGUGGAAUGGAAGUGGAAGCGCCAGUGUUGAAUUUACAGAACUGGUAGACUUUACAAAAGAAAUGGAAGAAUGGAAAUGGAAAGAAAAUAUAAAUAAGUCAUUGACGAAAAGUUACACAUUAAAUAAUUGCUAGAGUUUAAAAUGUCAAGAUAAUUUUAAAGUGUUGAAUUAAUGCUGGAAGCACUGGGAAAACCUCGCUCAGGGAACAGAAUAAUAACGGACAAGAGCAGAGCAUGGAAUAGGAAUUACCUUGAAUGUGUCAAUAUUUGUGGGGUCACUUCCUUCGUAUCAAGAGAGACUGGAAGGACUGCGUCACAGGAAGGAUAAGGUCUAGCAGAUUUCUCCCUACAGAGAAGUUACCAACAUAGGAGGACAAUUAAGAAUAUUUUUGGAAAUUUGGAGCUUUCAGCUCCCCUUCGGUCACAACGGAGAAUUUGUUAAAACCCUUCGAGCACGCAUUCCCCCAUCAGUUCCCUAAAAUUAUGCAGCUCAGUGCGAUUGGCGACCUUCGGUAUGAGUACGUAUCUGGAGUGUCGACCAUCUUGUCAGCAUGUCCUGGAAUUUACUGUGGAAGGAUAAAGUUACCAGACGGAAACUGGAGCUCAUGUGGUAGCUGUCCUAGAGGUUUUCGAAGAGAAUCAACUUUCGAAUGUGCCCCUUGUGAUCAAGAACUCUCAUUAUAUGACUGGCUAUAUCUGGGAUUUAUGGCCUUGUUGCCAAUUUUACUACACUUUUCGUCCAUCGACUCAAAGUUAUUAAGGCACAGUAAGACAACGAUUGGACUUGUCAUUUGUGCAAUUCUCGAAGUAGUUAUUGCAGGAUCUAUAACGCUAUUAAUUUGGGAUCCAAUUGGUAGUUUUAAAAUUCACGCAUGUGGUGUUAACGACCUGUCGGAUUGGUACCCCAUAUUCUACAAUCCUCAUCCAAACUAUGAGGAAACGCUUCACUGUGCUCAUGAAGCUGUAUAUCCUCUAUACACAAUUGUUCUAGUCUUCUUGGCAAUGGCCGAUGGAUUCAUGAUACUUACCAGAUUUAUUGCUUACUUUUUGGGAAUAAAAGUUGCCAAAUCUAUAUAUUCCGGAUUAUAUUUCUAUCCUAUUUUAGCACUAAGUCAUUUAACGUUAGGUGGAAUAAUAUAUUACGUAUUCCCCUACAUAACUAUUGUAACAUCUGUGGUGUCUUGUGCAUACCAUUUUGCCAAACGAACAAAUCAGGGCACUAUCAUCUUAAUUUUGGAGAGCUUAAAAGACUGGCGUAAUGUUGGGAUAAUUUUGUGCCAUUGGUUUCUGCAUGCAUACGGAAUAAUCUCCAUCACUCAGUUGGAAAAUUUGCACCGGGACCUAUAUCUCCUUGUCCUAGUUCCUGUUCCAGCCUUGUUGUACGUCUUCACGUCACACUUCACAGAUCCGGACAAGAUUGGAGAAUAAUGCUGAAUUUCUAUCAAUGAAAAUAAGACUGAACUGACCGAACAAUUAUUUAAUUUAAAGCUGUUUAACAGAUAUGCUUUAUUUAUUCGCAUUCGCAGUAUUGUUCAAAACGUUUCAAAAUAAAUAUUUAUAUCUCA